ACUGCGGAGAUCCAAGAACUCAUCCUCCAACUGAUUGCUUUCAAAAACCUCGUUGUUCGCAAUCGUAUCAACGAGCGCUAUAAACGUCAGCGCCAGGCGCAACGCGAGGCCGCCGCUCUCAGCACUGCCUCAGGCUCCUCCGACACCGAACAUCAUGGCGAUACCGGCGGUGCCACAGGCAAGUCAAACACUACCAUGGAGAUGACA